AUGGCAACUGGAAGUCAAAUCCCCACCUUCCAUGGCAGAGCGAAGCGCCGGCGUGAUGAUUCACUCACAUCAGAAUGUGAAGUGAUGCAGCUGAGCGUCUUUCCUAGUUCCUGUGGCGUGGUGCCUCCAGGUGAUUGUGUUGUGCGGAGUUCUUUGGGAGGAACGGAGGGCGCGUCUCGUCGGUUCAACUUAUGGUGCAACGCCGUUCACGCAUUGGCCGAUGCACAUGAGGAGACGAAGAAGCGACUCACUUGCAGGCAGCAGAUGUUUAGUGACGUUGCAGACGAUAGCAUUACGGGUGGUUCCGGUGUUUUGCAGCAGGUGGAGGUUAACGUCACUUGUGGGGACACCGGGAGGAGUUAUCUUUUCACAUUUACCGUACCGCCACGUAGGACUCAUUACAGGGCCAUGGAAGACAUGGGGGAUCAUACAAGUCACCAGGCAGAUGUUGCGCUUGCGCUCACCAGCCAAGUUAUGGCAAAAGUGGGUUUAAUCGGUGAUCGGACGUGGUGUUUGGUUUUCCGUGGGAAAAAUGUUCGUUCAGAAGCUGGGGCCGAGUCACUUAUGUCAGCGUUGUGCGAUAGGCCAUGUGGAAUGAUCAUGUUGGCACUAUAUCGCACUUCAGGGUUGCAGUAG